AUAACAAUAUGUGAUAAGCCACUUCAUUUUCUUGUUAUAAACCACCACAGUAGCACGCAACGCCACCUGCUACGUAGAGUUCAGAGAUAAUCUCAACCACCGAUGGCCACGAACUUUAGUUUCAUCCCCAUAAUUGAUAUUAGUCCCCUUUUAGCCAAGUCAGAUGACCCAAAAAUGGCUGAGGAUCCUGGUGUAGUUGAGGUUGUUAGACAAUUGGAUAAGGCUUGUACAGAGGCAGGGUUCUUCUACGUGAAAGGCCACGGUGUUCCUGAUACUCUCCUCAAUGAGGUUAAAGGUGUAACUCGCAGAUUCUUUGAACUUCCAUAUGAAGAAAAGACAAAGAUCAAAAUGACUCCAGCUACCGGGUUCAGAGGAUAUGAGAGGCUUGGAGAAAAUAUAACCGAAGGUGUACCAGAUAUGCAUGAAGCUAUUGAUUGCUAUAGGGAAGUGACUAAGGGCAUGUAUGGAGCUCUUGGCAAAGCUAUGGAAGGAUGCAACCACUGGCCACAAAAUCCUCCAACAUUCAAAGUUCUUAUGGAGGAGUAUAUUAGUGUCUGCACAGACCUUGCAAGGAAAAUUAUGCGUGGAAUUGCUUUAGCAUUAGGUGGAUCACCUGAUGAAUUUGAAGGUCAGAGAGCUGGGGAUCCAUUUUGGGUAAUGCGACUCGUUGGUUACCCUGGUGUGUCCACAGUAAAUGGAACCAAUGUUAUGAAAAACGACAUUGGAUGUGGAGCUCACACUGAUUAUGGUUUAUUGACAUUAGUUAACCAGGAUGACGAUAUAAACGCACUCCAGGUGAGAAACCUGUCUGGCGAUUGGAUAUCAGCACCUGCAGUUCCUGGGACAUUUGUGUGCAACAUUGGUGACAUGCUAAAGAUAUACUCUAAUGGUUUGUACGAGUCAACUUUGCAUCGGGUGGUAAACAACUCCCCCAAAUAUAGAGUCAGCGUAGUAUAUUUUUACGAGACGAACUUUGAUACUGCAGUAGAGCCCUUGGAUACACCUAAAACGAGGGCAAAUGGCAACAAGAAGUUUCAAAGGGCUGUCUACGGAGAGCAUCUAGUUAGCAAGGUCCUCACAAAUUUUGUUGACCAGUAACUUUGUUUCCUUCGCUCUGGUGUGUAAUAAGUCAAGUUUCUUGUAAGCAAGCUCCUCGCUUGCAUGUACUGAAAAUAGUGUAAUUAUAAGUCAAGCGUUUGUUACCCAUCAACGU